AAUUGGAAUGUUGCGGAAAAAGUUGUCUGCUUAGUUUUCCAAGGGAUUGCGUAAUAUUUGGCAAAAAUGCUGUCCACUUUGAGAAACUCCGUACUGUGGCGUUUCGUUGAAGCCCAGACUAUAACAUGUACCACCCUUCGUAUACGAGGUUACCAGCAGCAGAGGAGACUCAAUACCACAACCCGAAUUUUCUCAGAGAAGUAUAAUAUAAUUUUAAUGGGAAGCCCUGGGAGUGGCAAGUCAACAGUAGCUCGCAUCCUAUCCAAGAAGCUGAACAAACCAUCCAUAGACAUUGAUAAUGAUGUGCUGGAGCCAAUGUGGGGUAAAAAGAUAUCAGAAAAAUUGAAAGAAAAGGGAUCAAAAGCCUUUAUUGAAGAAGAAGGCAAGGCUUUAAUGACUGUUAAAGCAGAGAACAGCAUAAUAUCUCUCACUGGUUCUAAUCCAUUACACGAUGAGGCGAUGCGUUAUAUAGCUAACACAGGUUAUGUUAUUUUCUUGGACUACCCUGCAAAGGGAAUUCUACAAAGACUUCAUAAAAUGAAAAUAGACAGAAUAGUGGGACAGGAAAUGGGAACCCCACUCACAGACAUUCUGGACCACAGACAAAGUACAUACGAACAGGCAUACGAUAUCCGAAUACUGUGUGAGGAGGACGAAAGUCCAGAAUCUGUGUCGGAAAAAGUGGUACAAGCUUUGAAAGUGCUGGAAGAGGACCAAGGAUAUGUGUCGACCAGACAGGAUGUUAAAUCAGUGAGUCCCCAUGAAAGAACAACGUUAGGUGAGAUUCUAUUACAAGGACUGGCUCCAGAUGGGGGACUUUAUGUACCAGCUCUUCAGAUUCCAAUUUUAACCAAGGGAGAAUGGAGUAGACUCGUUAACGUCGGGUAUCGGGACCGAGCUUUGAGAAUCAUGGAGAAAUUGAUAAAUCCCUUUGAUCUCCACCCAUCCAAACUUAGACUUUUCAUUGAGAAAGCGUACAAUAGUGAGUUGUUUAGUGAUGAGAAAAUAUUUCCUGUCCGGCAUCUGCAAGACAAUCAGUUUCUGUUAGAACUAUUUCAUGGACCUACCGGGUCAUUUAAAGAUGGGGCACUUCAAUUAAUGCCACAAAUGUUUGUUGAUGCUUUACGACACAGUCAACCUAUGAAUAGUAGCAGGUAUAUUAUCUUAGUGGCCACAUCAGGAGACACAGGGGGUGCAGUCCUUGAUGGAUUUCGCAGACAUGCUGAGGGUAGUGGAGUGGGGGUGAUAGUGCUAUUUCCAGAAGAUGGAAUCAGUGAGGUACAAAGACUCCAGAUGACAUCCAUGAGUGGAGGGAAUGUACAGGUUCUAGGUAUUGAGGGAGAUUUUGAUCUCUGUCAGGCUAUGGUAAAGAGAGCAUUUCAGGAUCAGGACCUUGCCAGCUGGUUGGCUGCCAAUGGGAAUUUCAAACUGAGGUAUAAAAAUGCUGCUAACUCCAUCACCUGGGGGCGUCUCCUCCCACAGAUUGUGUUCCAGGUGUCAGCUUACCUUAACCUUGUAGAACAGAAGGUCAUCUCCCUUGGUGAUGAAGUGGAUGUUUGUAUACCAACAGGAAACUUUGGAAAUAUUUUAGGAGCUUUUUAUGCUCAGGCCAUGGGAAUUCCAUUCAGAAGACUUAUAUGUGCAUCCAACACCAACAAUACACUUACAGAAUUCAUCAACUCUGGAAAGUACGAUAUACGAUCCCGUCAACUCCAGAAGACUCAGUCGCCAGCCAUAGAUAUACUUAAAGCCUCAAAUUUAGAACGCUUCAUCUAUCACAUGUCAAAUAGGGACCAUCAGCUUGUACGCAAAUGUUUCAAGGACCUAGAAGAAAAUCAAUGUUUUGAAGUGACUGGCCAGCUUUUGGAAGAUAUUCAGGGCUUACUAGUGGGAAAAUGGUGCUCAGAAGCUGAGUGUUUACAAACCAUAAAAAAGUGCUUUGACAAAACAGGAUAUCUUUUGGAUCCACAUACAGCAAUCGCAAAGUUUGUGGCAGAUCUUGUAAACGACGGAGAUGUUCCAAUGAUCAUCAAUGCAACAGCCCACUACUCGAAAUUCAUACCUCAGGUUCUGCAAGCCCUGGGGCGUAAAAAAGACAUGAAGGAGAAAUCUGUGUCAGAAUUGUUUGAAAUGGCCCACAAAAUCACAGAAGCUCCCAGCAUGCAUAGCAGAUUGGAAGAGUGUGUAAAGUCAGCCUCAACCUGUGAAAAAGUGCUUAAACCUAAUUACGAGGAUGUUGAGAGAGAGAUCAAAAUAUUUUCCCAUAAGAUUUAGAGGCAGUUUUUUUUUUGCUUUUAUUAAUGUGUAAACUUGAAUGCAUGGUUUCUGUUCUAUGUAUAUUUUUCCAAGUGUGCACCAAAUAACAUAAUACCAGACCAUUUUGAAUAGGGAUUAUUAUUGUGUAAACUGGUAUGCAUGAUUUUCCUCAUGUGGAAACCUUUCCUGUGUACCAAAUUAUAUAAAACCAGGCCAUAUUGAAUAUGAUUGGUAUACUUUCCAAGACAUGAUGUAGUUGAGAAUAAUUUCAGGAAACCAUAAAGAUGUUGUAUCAUUAAUAAGAAUCAUGAACGAUAGUGCCAUUUAAAAAUGUGAAGAAAACUUAGUAUAUUUACAUAAAAUGUCAUGUUAUUGGCAUGAUUUAUCAUUUGGUUUUUAAAUCAAUAUAUGAAGUUCAGGUUUAUUUGACAAGCGAAGGAUGUUCCUUAAAUGUUUUUAAAGGGAAAAAUCUAA